UAAACGUCUUCACGGUCACGUCGUUGUUUCUCAUCUGGUUUCAACACGAUGAAGAUAAACGAGAACACUUUACUGGAGGGGGACAAGGUCGUGUUGGUUCCUUACGAUGCAAAGCACGUGCCCAGGUAUCAUGAGUGGAUGGAGUCUCCUGAGCUGCAGCAGCUGACCGCUUCAGAGCCGCUGACCCUGGACCAGGAGUACGCCAUGCAGAGGAGCUGGAGGGAAGACGAUGACAAAUGCACGUUCAUCAUCUUGGCCAAGCAGCAGUGGGCAGACGGCAGUGUAGAAGAGGAGCAGUGCAUGGUGGGAGAUGUCAACAUCUUUCUGACCGACCCUACGGACCCAACACUGGCUGAGCUGGAGAUCAUGAUAGCAGAGCCCGCUCACCGAGGCAAAGGUAUUGGGAGAGAGGCGACGCACAUGAUGAUGAGCUACGGAGUCACCAAACUUGGCGUCAAAAAGUUUGAAGCGAAAAUUGGGCUGAACAACCAGGUCAGCGUCGCCAUGUUCAAGAAACUCCACUUCCAGGAGGCGUCGGUGUGCGAGGUGUUCAAAGAGGUGACGCUCGAGAUGACGGUGGACGAGUCCGUUCGGACGAGGCUGCUGGAGGACACGGCCGACGUGAAGGAGAGAGACUACAGACGGACAUGCAGCAACAGACGGGAUCACGUCUGAAGUGAGAGAGAAGUGCUGGGGACUCCCGAUGUGACGGAGACCGUCCUUCACGAUGGAGGAACAUCGGAGCUGAACUCUGGUGUGUGUGCUUUGAACCGUUCAGACUUCACACAAAUCGGCAGAGUUGGGAGGUCGAGAAAGAGCUCUGAGGAGCACGGGCGUUGAUGCUGGGAGGUGAGGCCCGGCCUCCUGCGGGUCAGAAAAAUUCAAUCUUUAUGGACCUGACUUUCUGCACAAGGAUCUUCUCCCGAGGUUGAAAGUGUAUCAUCGUUAACUGUUGCAUUGAGGUUUCCCUUAAUGGUGACUAAGGGGCCUGACCCAAACCAUAUACACUACAUUGUUUAUUGAAGAUUCAGAACUUACUAUCAACAUGAGUUGAAUAUUUCUCAUUUUUAAGUGUUACUUUCUGGCUUUCAUUUGUGUGCGUGCUAAGUGUCAAUAUCCGUUGAAAACACAAAAUCUCAUGAUUAAGUUUGAGUAAAACAUUUUACGAGCCUUAAAUCACAGCGAUUAUGUAACUUUAAGAUAAAUUAAUAUAUAAAAGAUGAAAGGCAAGUUUCAGCCUCUACAUGUGAAUCAAUGCAAUGUUAACGUAUUCAUAUUUUUUGGUAGUUUCAGAAGAGAACAAUUCAUUUAAUUUAGUAUCUUUUGUUUUCUGUACACAAGCCAUGUGCUCGUUAAAGGGUUAACGAUGCUGACUCAAACAUUUAGCUGCAGAGUAAAUCCUGGAGGAAAGAGCAUUUCUGUUUUCUGGUGUACACUAAUUGCAGUGGCGCAUCUCGUACAACAAAUCAUCAUCACGUCUCUUCUUCCUCCUUAUUGCCACAUCGGUCUUUAAAACCAGAAGCUUCAUGGAAGAGCUUUGAUAUUGCACCGCAGGAUCCCAAAUGUGAUGCAUCAUCAUUUCCUCCGUCAAGUAAUUAUUUCACGAGAGAUUAUUGUUCCGGGGCAUCCAGCAUGUACUUUAUUUUAAAAAAUGUUUAAAGGUGCAUUUUUUAAAAUGCAGGUGAGAUAAUUAGGUAAAUCAGACUUUUGGGUCAUUCUGUCUAUUUAAUUAAUAUUUGUUUACAUACUCUGCAAUAUGCAUAUUUCAUCCAUUUCGCUCAGCACAUGUUGAAAGGCAUACUUUGACUUGUUUUACGUUAGUCCGUCUUCCUAGUAUUCUUGGUUCAGUGUGGUAUCGCGUACUGGUGCUGUGAUAUGUGACUUUAUCCACGGUUAUCAAUAAAGUAUCAAUCGAUCA